AUGUCCACUGGUGGCAUUGUCAUCAAUAUUGAAGAUGCUCUCUUGUCCAGUGGGACUUCCUCCAUCAGCGCUGGUAACCCUAGUGGCUUGACAGUGGGUCCCACUGUGAACAUCUCGGGUGUGUCCCAUGGUCCCACCCAACCCACUGCAUCUAGCACUGGCUCAUCUAGCACAUCCUACAGGUCUUUUGGCCUGACUUGGUGUUGUAGAACGAGACGGAGAGGAGCAACUGAGGCUGAUAUCAGUGUUGUGUGGCACUAGGCUGUGAUAGUCGCUUCUUUGCGUUUUCUUGGGAGUUUCUUGGAGACGUGUGGAAUGAUCAGGAUGGAAAGACAAAAGUUUCCAUUCACUAUUGAAAAUAUUCUCAGCAAAUAUCCAAACAGCAAUGAAGACAAGGAGUCAGGUGGAGUGAGUGGUCUUGAACUAAAGGAGAAGACAAAGUUUCAUGCAGCAGGCCACACGGAGUCUGUGCAUCAUGCCUGCUUGUGCUGUUGCUGCUGCUCCCACUGUCCUGACAUAUUCCACACCGACUUCAUUCAUGAAGCCUGUCAAUAUGGAUGGAGCCCAGUGCUGCUCUCAGAGCCGUGCAGGCUGGGGGACACUCUUAAGGAGGAGCUGCCAUUAGGUCAGGUGCAGAGGCGAACCAGACGUCACCGUACCAUUUUCACUGAGGAUCAGUUGGAAGCGCUGGAGGAGCUGUUCCUGCAGAACCAGUAUCCAGAUGUGAAUACACGAGAUAAACUCGCACAGCGCACUCACUUAAGAGAAGAAAGAGUGGAGGUUUGGUUUAAAAACCGAAGAGCAAAGUGGAGACGUCAGAAAAGACUUUCAUUUGUUGUUGGAAACACAGAGAACUAA